ACUUAACCUAUAGGGGUUUGGUGAGACGAGGGAGUAAACAGCAGCUGGUUUGUUGUCUGGUUUGCCCGGAGAGCUUCCACACCCGUGAGUUCCAGAGGAGAAUGUAGCUGCAGCCGUUCAGCCAGCGCCGCAGGACACACGCCCCAAAGAUGGGAGAAGCUCAAAAGGGCUUACUCUCUGUCAUAGAGAAGCUGAAGGGAUCCACGGAGCAGGAGGUCAGGAUAGUGCUCCUGGGGUUGGACAACGCCGGAAAAACCACGCUGCUGAAGAGCCUCGCCUCCGAGGACGUGAACACUAUCACGCCUACGCAGGGCUUCAACAUAAAGAGUGUCGCCUCCCACGGGAUGAAACUCAAUGUCUGGGACAUCGGAGGACAGAGGAAGAUCAGACCCUUUUGGAAAAAGUACCUGGAAAACACAGACCUCUUAAUUUAUGUCAUCGACAGCGCAGACAAGAAGAGGUUUGAGGAGACGGGACUGGAGCUGUCUGAGCUGAUCGAUGAAGAGAACUUAAAAGGCGUCCCAGUUCUGAUUUUUGCUAAUAAGCAGGAUCUGGUCACAGCGUCGCCGGCCAGUGAGAUUGCUGAGGGACUCAACUUGCACACGUACCGCGACCGCCAGUGGCAAAUCCAGGCCUGCUCGGCCAUGUCCGGGGAAGGAGUUCAGGAUGGGAUGAACUGGAUUUGUAACAACAUUGUGAACAAGAAGAAGUGAUCCCAAACAACACGGACCAGAAUAAACACAAUCCGCUUCAGAAAAUAAAGUGAUUCAGCACAACCGAAGGAUUAUUUUGUUUUUACAUACUGUGUCAUUUUUACAAUUAUUUUUGCAAACAUAACCAGUCUAAAUGAAUAAAUCUACCUUUAGGACUUUAUUUCACGUUUCCUUUAAUAGGUGUGUUUGUGUUCUUUAUUCUAAAGAUGCACAGAGAACAGAACAGCCGAGGAUGUAGAUGGGUACAUCAACCAGUUUGACGUGUUUCAAGGCUUUUCACAAUAAAAUACUUAGUCAUC